GCGAGUCGUGUAGCUCUAACCUCUCGAUAUACUCGGAUGCGAGUAACGAACGAUCUGUAACAUCACAUUCGAGGCAUUCUUUUCCCCGUAAACUAGACGAACGCGUACUUACUUGUUAGUCAAGACACGCACACAGGACGAAACAACUCGCCCGUCUUGAUUUUUUGACGGCGCUUUUUUUUUCAUUUCUUCGUAGAAACAGCAAUUGCUUAUAGCAGGAGCUCGGGAGUUUGUUCUGUUUUUUUGGGGGUCGUUUCGUAGUAUUUCUACUGUUGUUCUUGAUUUCACGGUAUAAGCAAUAUCGAUAUUAUCUAAACUUCAAGUCGCUGUCAACGCCUCUUUGCGUUAUAAAAAGGACUCAUGAGUAUCCUGGAUAUCCUCAUUUUAAUGGCUGUGCUGGCCGGUACUGCGGUUUACUUUACCCAUGGCAAGCUUUGGGACAAGCCUAAGGCUCAAGCUGCUGCUUUUCAAGGUGCCGGUGAGAGCUUUGUUGAAUUUGCUAAUGAGAAUGACGUGAAGGUUGGCGUCUUUUUUGGUUCUCAAACCGGUACCGCUGAGGAUUAUGCUCACCGUCUGGCUAAAGACAUUACGGCCAGUUUCGGUGUCAAUGCCGUUGCUCUCGAUUUGAUGGAUUAUCGUUUCGACGAUUUGGAUCAGCUUGGUGAAGACCGUUUAGUCGUUUUCGUAGUCGCUACUUACGGUGAAGGUGAUCCUACUGACAAUGCUACUGACUUCAUGGACUUCAUUGGAAGUGACAGAACGGAAUUUUCCAACGGAAAGGGCGCAGAUGAACAGCCUCUUGAGGGCAUUCGCUACGCUGUAUUCGGUUUGGGUAAUCACACGUACCAAUACUACAACGCCAUGGGCAAAAAGGUCGACGCGUGCAUGUCUACGUUGGGAGCUACUCGUGUUGGACUACUGGGUUUGGGCGAUGAUGCCGAAGGAAUGCUUGAGGAAGACUAUUUAGAAUGGAAAGAAGACUUCCUUGCCGAUUUUGCUGGGGAAUUUGAACUUUCCGAAAAGAAGGAAGAGUAUAAGCCUAUGUACCGUAUUAUCGAAAAACCCGAGGUAAAAUCCGAUAGUCCAAGCGUCUUUCUCGGCGAACUUAAUCGUCAACAACUUCAAAACAUUCCUAUAUCUGCUCCUGUCUCAAGCGUGAAUCCUCUUAUUUCUUGCUACAAGAAGACGAAGGAGUUAUUUAAGUCUGACAAUCGUAAUUGCUUGCAUAUUGAGUUCGACAUUAAAGACUCUGGGUUAAGCUACAAGACUGGUGACUACGUUUCCGUUUGGCCAAUGAAUCCUUCUCAGGCCGUUGACGAUCUACUGGAUGUUUUGGGACUGACUGCUAAGCGCAAUACGGUGAUUGUUGUUCAGCCAUUCAAUACGAUGGACAAGGCUCCCGUAUUAAGUCCCACUACUUAUGACACCGUGUUCCGCUAUUACUAUGACAUUUGCGGUGUCGUUUCUCGCCAAUUCUUGUCCGCUAUUGCCGUGUAUGCUCCUACUGCUGAGACUAAGGCCAAGUUGGAGAAGCUUGGAUCCGAUAAAGAUCGCUUCCGUAAGACUGUUUUGGAUUAUCACUUAAACCUUGCCCAGGUGUUGCGGCUUGUUUCGCCUAACCGUCCCUUUACGAACAUUCCCUUCUCUUUGCUUUUGGAAGACAUGACUCACAUGAAGCCACGCUACUAUUCCAUCUCUUCCAGUAGCUUGGUACACCCUGACACGGUUCAUAUCACCGCUGUUGUCUCACGCAAAGAGUGGAAUGAACAGGAACAUGUGUUCUACGGUGUGGCUACGAACUAUCUUCUUGCGCAUUGUCUCCACAACGGACAUCAAAAGAAGCAUCAUCCUAACGGAUUGGAAUAUCAAAUUGACGGACCUCGUGCUAAGUGGGCUGGAGGUGUCCCUGUCUUUAUUAAGAAAUCAAAUUUCCAUUUGGCACCUCCCAACGUUCCAAUCAUUAUGGUUGGUCCCGGUACCGGUGUUGCACCUUUCCGCGCGUUUGUCAUGGAGCGUGCCAAAUUGGCUUCGGAUGGUGUCAAGGUUGCUAAAACAGUUCUGUUUUAUGGUUGUCAGCGCUCCAAUGAGGAUUUCUUGUAUGCAGACGAGUGGAAACAGUACAAGGAGCAGAUGGGUGAUGCCUUUGAAAUGUUCUGUGCCUUUUCCCGUGAACAGGACCAUAAGGUGUACGUGCAACAUAAAAUGUUGGAGCAUGCCGAUUUGAUUAGUGAUGUUAUUGACAAUGGCGGUGUUUUCUACAUUUGUGGUGAUGCUGAACGCAUGGCCAAGGAUGUCACGAAUGCUUUGGCUGAAAUUCUCACUACUCCCAAGGUUGACGGCGCUAAGCGCGUCAAGGAACUUCGUGACAACAAUCGUUUCCUGGAGGAUACCUGGUAAUUCAUGUUACCUUGCCUCCGUACGGUUGUGUUGUAAUCGCUUAUAUCAAAAGCUGUGUGUUUUUAUUCUGAUUUAAACACUAACAUAUGAGCAUGUUCACGAGCUCGAUGUACUAUAUACUAAGUGUUUUAUGUUUUAUGCGCUGUUGCAUUUUCAAGUGUUAAAGAAAACCAGAAGGCCGGUUCUAGCUAUUGGCAUGAUUGUCAGGCUUCUUCUAAAAUUUCUCCAUGGACCCGUGACCUGCCCUGUGAUGUUUUGUUAUACAAAAUUACACCUUGUAUUCUUCUCUCAUCUUACCGUGUUGUGUUAGUCAUAACGUCUUGUAAUUAUAUAGAUACUGCUUCAACGUUAAUCAAUGUACCAUUCCAAAGUCUUGGGAUAAUGAGAAACAGUUCUGUUGAUAGUUGUACCAACUUACGCUGUUAAUUAUAAUAUUACUUUUUUCUUAUUUUUAUUUUUAUUUUCUUGUAGCGUUCGAAUAUUACUUUCGUU